AUGCGAGGGAGUGUCAAGCCCUUGUCUGUGCACAUCUGUAUUGCUACUGAGCGUCAUGACUGGCCUCAUACGAUUGAGGACGAGGAAGGCUCCCUGGCUCAAGCGAUUGGCAAAGCAGGGCUAGCCAUGUUGAGUGAACUACAAAAGAUUGACAGAGUAGUUUUGAGCAAUGUCUCCCUACCACUACCGAAUCGGACGAAUGCGUAUACUGGCUAUGAAGUUUACAUCUUGUAUAAUGCCUGGUGCAAGCUUGAGAAUGUUCAAAAGGAAGAUGCAGAGCAUGUACUUUUGCAGUAUGCUCUUUCAAAGCCGGUGAAGCCUGCGAGCUAUACUGCAACGCCCAUGGGUUUUCGAGCCGUCGUUUUGGUUUGCUCGCACAUGCGUCGUGAUGCUCGUUGUGGCAAGACAGCCCCCAUCUUGCUCGAGGCGUUGGAAGAAGGACUACGGGAACGAGACAUGUUUUAUGACAAGGACGAAGGCUCUGAGGACGGCAAAGUACUCGUCACAACAGUGAGCCAUAUCGGUGGCCAUCGCUAUGCUGGCAACGUACUUGUAUACCGCAAGACAGAUACAGGCACAGUCGAAACUCUUUGGCUUGGGCGAAUCAUGCCAAAUGAUAUACCGUGGGUGAUUGAGUAUACCGUCCUCCAGGGUCGAGUCAAGCGAAGUGCAGUUAGAGGAGGUGUUCAGUGGUGA